AUGGAUGGUGGAGAUGGCGAUGCGGACGUUGCAUCCCAUGCCAAUGCUCAGGAGUUCUUGUUGAUCAUGGUCCACUACAGUUGGAUCACAAUGAUGAUCCUCCUCCUCCUGGGGUUCUGCUCGUACCUCGCGCACCGCAAGCAGCCAACCACUCGCAGGAAGUCUGUGGGAAGUCAUCAUGAGACUGUGCAGCACACUCCUGGGUUGCUGGCACACGGUGGCUAUCCCUUCAUCGUUCGAGGGCUUAUUGGUACGGUCUUCUUCAUGCUGGGUGUCUUGCCACUGGUCUUGAUCAUCUGCUCGACAGUACUUGGUCUGAUCCUGGCCGCCGUGGAAGGCUGGGAAGCGGGGAUUGGUGUGGAGUACGUUCUGUCCAACGUCCUGGGCAUGACUGCGCCUCUGACGAGCGUCGUGCCAGAGGGCAGCUUCGGCAUUCACUUCGCGAUCAUCCUGAACAUGUAUGCUGUCGUUAUGGUGACGACUGCUAUGGGCCUGGUUGCCAACAUGUCAUUGAUGCAGGCCAUCACGGAGAGGGUCCCGCAGGGAACCUGCGGAUUCAUAUGCUUUCUCUUCUUCGUG